AUGCCGCUGUACGAGCUUUUCUGCAUCGCCUCCCACAACCCAACAUCGCCAGCUGGUCUGCGACAGCUGAUCCGCUCGGUUGCAACCCAGGUGCACGGUACCGGCGGUGUUGUGCGCGACCUGCGGGCCCUUGGUGCGGGGCUGACGCUUCCGUACCGCAUGAAGCGGAACCAGCAGUUCCACGAGCGUGGAGACCACUUCUCGAUGACGUUUGACACGUCUCCGGUCGUGUUGAAGCGCAUCAACGAGACGCUGCGCCGUGAUCCGAUGGUUGUGCGCUGGAUGCUCACGAAGAAGGGCGCCGCUGUUAGCCAACUCAACACAGCACCGUCGUCGACGGUCCAGAUGCUGGGGCCUGAAGACAUGGGCCGCUACUAG